AUGAAAUCGACAUUCUUCUUAGCACUUUUGGUUCUCUUUGCGUUCAUUACGAUUUCGACUUCGGUUCCAGUUCCUACGAAUCCUGCCCCAAAGAGCGGAUCGAUCCAAGUCACUUCACCCACAAAAGGACCAUGGGCAAGAUACUCUUAUCAAGCCGUAAGCUGGAACGCUAAUGUUGCUGUGCCAAAUCAAUGGCAACAAACGGUUCAUGUAUAUAUCUAUCAAGUCGUUGCUAAUGGAACCAAUAAGUUGAUUGACACACUUCCUGAUAAACCGUAUGGAAACACUUGGGAUGGAUUCCAAAUCACUGAUAAAUAUCCACUCGAUGGCAAAUUUUAUGCUCUUGUUAGUGGACCAAUCCAAGUCACUGCACCCACCAAAGGACCAUGGGCAAGAUACUCUUAUCAAUCCGUAAGCUGGAACGCUAAUGUUGCUGUGCCAAAUCAAUGGCAACAAACGGUUCACGUAUAUAUCUAUCAAGUCGCUUCUAGUGGACCCGAUAAGUUGAUUCAACAGCUUCCUGAUAAACCGUAUGGAAACACUUGGGAUGGAUUCCAAAUCACUGACAAAUAUCCACUCGAUGGCAAGUUUUAUGCUCUUGUUGUGUUGGCAUCGGACUCAAAGAUUUACGGCACUUCGGAAGUAUUUACUAUUUUUAAGACUGCUGAAUAA